AUGAAAAAACCUAUCUUCAUUACACCAUACACUAAAUUUGCCCAUCUAAAAAUUCGAGAAGCGCUUAUAAGAAUGCAUUCAGCCACAGCACAUACAAUAACAGAAGUACUGGAUUCCCAGGCUAAGACAGCAAGUCACGAAGAUCAUAAGAAAUGCGUCACAUGUCAAAGGAUCAACAAUCUACCCUAUCGUUAUCCUAAAAUGAAGGACUUGCCAGAACGUAGGAGUACUGAAGCUUUCAUGGCAGAUCGUCAAUCAACCGGAUCAAGAUAA